AUGGAGCAAAAUUCACAGCCAAAAUGGGAAGGCAAUGUCUCAACAAGGCUAGCAAAAGCCACAGCAGAUCAAAUAUGGCCUCUCCUCAACGACUUCUUUAAUUUCCGCAAAUGGUUUCCUAGCCUUUCCACCUGCUAUGGUAUUAACGGGACUAAUGGCGAGCCAGGUUGCAUAAGAUACUGUGCUGGCUUCUCAAUCCCACCCAAUGACACCAAUCAGCCUGUUAGCUGGUCCAUUGAGAGAUUAACAGCCGUUAAUCAUGUUGAACAUAGUUUGAGUUAUGAGAUAGUUGACGGCAAUAUUGGGUUCAAGUCAUAUGUUUCGACGGUCAAGGUUGUUCCACAGGGUGGUGAUGGCCAAGAUGGGUGUGUGAUCGAAUGGUCAUUCAUUGUUGAUCCUGUGGCAGGGUUGGUAUUGCAUGAGUUGGUAAGAAAGUAUGAAGUAGGACUCCAACAAAUGGCCAAGAGAAUGGAGGAUGCAGUUGAAAGUGGCAGUCGCUUUUGUCAGCCUGGUCUAGUUCGGUACUGUGCUUCUAGCACACCACUAGCAUCGAAUGGCAGUCAUGAAGAGCAUAAAAUCAGCUGGGUCAAAGAGAAGCUACUGACGAUCGAUCCUAUCGAGCGGUGUAUAAGCUAUGAGAUCACGGAAAAUAACAUUGGAUUCAAUUCAUAUGUGGCCACCACCAAUGUAUUACCAAUCAAUGGAGAUGGUCAAAACGGGUGCAAGAUUGAGUGGUCAUUCUUUGUUGAUCCAAUUGAAGGGUGGGGAUUUGGAGAUUUGAAUUCUUGCAUUGGCAACUGUCUCCAAUUCAUGGCCCAAAAGAUGGAGCAGGCUGUCCUAUCUGGGUAA